AUGUCAAACGAAUCAAAGGUGCCAUCUACUCGUAUAGGUCGAUUGCUUCAAUUUGGGGGCUUGGCUGUUGGUUUAGGCAUUGGAGCUGUGAAUGAGGCUGUUAGACGAGCGACAAGUACAGAUAAAUUAGAAUCAAAUACAUCCCUGCUAAUGAGUGAAUCAAAUAUCGAUUUACUUGUUAACAAGUUGUCGCAUAUGCGCGGAGCAGCUAUGAAACUUGGACAAAUAAUUAGUAUUCAGGACAAUGAGGUGGUUCCACCACAAUUGAGACAAGUCUUACUGAAAGUUCAGAAUAGCGCGAAUCAUAUGCCUGGUUGGCAACUAGAGAAAGUCAUGAAACAAGAACUCGGUACCAACUGGCGUGACAAUUUCCGCACGUUCGAUCGAAUACCAACGGCAGCCGCGUCAAUCGGUCAAGUACAUUUUGCUGAACUUGCCAGCAACGGAAUGCCCGUGACUGUCAAAGUGCAGUAUCCUGGAGUGGUGGAUGCAAUUUCGUCCGAUCUGGACAAUUUACGCGGUAUAUUAUUGGUCAGUGAUCUUCUUCCGAAGGGUCUAUAUCUUGACAACACUAUAAGAGUGGCAAAGAAGGAGUUAGCAUGGGAGACCGAUUAUAAGAGAGAGGCCGAGUGUAUGAAGAAAUUUGGUGAAUUGCUAAAGAGUGACACCGAUUUCGUCGUCCCAACGGUUGUCGAUGAUUUGACAACCGGAAUGGUGAUGACUUAUCAGAGGAUGAUGGGGGAACCUUUGAAUAAGGUUGAAUCGUAUGAUCAAGAGACUAGAAACAAGAUAGGUGCUAACAUCCUUAAACUGUGUUUACGCGAAUUGUUUGAAUUUCGGUUUAUGCAAACUGACCCAAACUGGACAAACUUCCUUUACAACAUCUCUACGCAAAAGAUUGAGUUAUUAGACUUUGGAGCAAGUCGCGGGUUCGAUGAUAAAUUCGUAAAUCUCUAUCAAGAGACACUGAAAGCUGCUGUGCGUUCAGAUGAAGAGGCCUGCAUACAUUACUCGACGGAAAUGGGAUUCUUGACUGGAUAUGAAACAAAUACGAUGCAACAAGCCCAUGUCAGUUCAAUAUUGACUCUAGGCGAGCCGUUUACUCGGCCGGUGUAUGAUUUUUCCACGCAAACGGUGACGACACGUAUACGGGAUCUAAUUCCUACCAUGCUCAAAUACAGAUUGACACCACCGCCUGAAGAAUCUUACAGUCUACACAGAAAACUAUCGGGAGCAUUCUUACUUUGUACUAAAUUAAGGGCAAUAAUAUCGUGUCGAGAUAUCUUUGAGAGCAUCGUCGGUGACCCGUACAAUGAAAAAUCUUGA